AUGCUUGCCACCCAGCUGUUUCUCAGAUGUUUUCUUAUAGCUGGAUAUGUAAUUGCUCAGACUAUGAUUCUUCAGGCUAGCGAAGGAAAUCCAGUCCCGGGAAUCUCCUGCAACUGCAGAUCCGAUGAUCAAAGGUGCCGAGAUUCUUGCUUUAAAGUAUACAAUCCUGAAAAUAAAGGGACCAAGAUUCUGGGAACCGUAGAGGUAAAAAGCCCUCCAGCCAUGACAAUCAAAAAGAUCUUGCAACGAGAGGAACGGCCUUUCAUCAAGUUUGUAAAGAAGAAUAUCGAAAAGAAUACAAAUAAUAUGACUCUGGAAAAAGACGAUUCCAUACCGAGAAAGCCUGUUCAGAAAAUCUUUGAUGGGGAUGACAAUACCAUCGUUUAUAACGGAUCCACAUAUAGAAUCUGCGAUCUGCACAGUUGGGCCAUCAGAAAUUAUGGAACAAAAGAACGUCUUGGAAUGGGAGAUGAUAUAAAAGCCCUUUACGAGUAUGUUCUGGGAAAUCCUAGGAUAGAAAAGAUCUGUGGAAAAAACUCAUCUGAAUAUCCUAUUGGAUACCAGAAUUCAACAGACCCUCUUUUGAUUUCAUCUCGAAUCCCUGCCGACCAUCCCGAGCCAAUAAUUCUGGAGAAAAACAAUCUUGUACCUGUUUUCAUCAAAGAAUCCUUUGAUUUUGUCCCUGAUUCUGAGGGCCAAAAUGGUGGAAGUGGAACUCCCUUUAGAGAUUCUAGCAGAUCUGUCUCUGUAGUUACCUUAAAGACGACUAGUGUAACAACUACAACUACAACUACAACCACAAAGAUUAGGGAUCAGGAACGUAUUGAACCUAUAAAAAAGACUAAAACACAGACCAUACUAAUAACUAGGACGAUCACAAGGCAAUGGAGCUCCUUGCAUCGAGAGUCGGGUGAUGAUGUAAAAACCGUUUUAAAGACGGUAUUUGUGGAGAACUCGAAAAAUAGAAGAAGCAAGAUGGAAUUGAUGGAAAAUCAAGAAUUGGAUACAGUACUAUCUACGAACCCAAGAAAAAGUUCUGAGAAAACAGCAUUCGGAGAAGUGGGAAAUAGUUCGGCAUAUAUUGAAAUUCUUGAGAAGAUCAAGAGUUUGCUCAGUAUACAGGGAAGUAGUCCUAUAAAUACAAGCUCCAGCACCAGUGUUACAGCUUCAAAGCCAAGAACAUCCGUUGAUCCUCAGACAAUAACUACUACUGUCGAGAGAACACGUACAACGACUGCAAGUAGGCUGCCGUCUGUAGAUUCUUAUGUAAAAGAGGCAGGAGGUUCAUUCUAUGACGACCAUACCAAGGAAUUAAUAAGAAGCAUCUUUGAUAUGUUAAAGGGGGGAAACUCCACUGCCUUUACCAAAAGACUUUCCUCUAGCACUAGCAGAAAUACAAUAACCAAGGAGACCACAACCACCAUAACCAAAACAAGUACAAAAGUUAAGGAUUACACAAUUGUUAAUUCGGCUGUUCCCCCUGUGGAGACAAAAGGCCCUUAUAUCCUUUCUAUCUCUUCAUUCAAGAAAGAGGAAGUGCCGAGUAUAUAUAUUUAUGAAGAUUAUGCAAAAAAGAUGGAUAAUCUGUAUCAGAGGAUUGUGGCGAACGAAGAGCAGUACAAGAAUCUUAUGAAUACAAUAUUGUCUAUUAGAAAAAAAGAGAGAGAUGAAGAUGACUCUUUUGAAUUAUUGAAGAAGCUGUAUGAAGUAUACAAGGAUGAUAGCUCUUAUGAAAAGAGCAUUGCCUCUCGUUUAAUGUCUGAAAAGCGUUUAAAGCUAGGUCCUAUGCCUUAUACUACAGGCUUGGAUAAAAGAUGGAAGGAUAAUGCAUAUGAGAUUGAAAAUGCUUCCGGCAACCUUGGAACUCCAAAUAGAAAGGAUACAAUAGAAGAGAUUUCUUCUCUGUCUUACAAUCAAGAUGGGAUGGCUGGAGGUUCUGGGGAGGAAAGCGGAAACGAUAAUGAAAUCGAUCCAAUUCUUUCGCCGAUUUCGGACUUUGGUCCUUUAAAUGAGAAGAAUCACAAAGAACAUUCACUUCCAUCUGUAGCCACACUUUUCAAGGAGUUCUCUAGCAAAGAGAAAACUAAUUCAAGAAACAAAUUCAUGAAGGAAAAAACAUCGAUAGAGAAGGAAGAUGGUAUAGUUACAAAACCCACCAACCCGAAAAGUUACAAAUACGAAAUUCUCACACUUUCAAGGAACGGAAGGAAAGACAUAGAGUACAAAACCGUAACUGAUACGGUAAGAACUACAGUAAUAAGAGAGUUUGAUAGUAGCAUGCAUCUUAGUGCUGUCAACUCCGUUGUCAAAGACCAUGUAAAGAGACUUGAGGAAAAACUGAACGAGUUUUCUAGUAAGGUCGCCCAUAUAGGAAACGAGCUACUGAGCCUCAAAGCUGCUGAAACCCGGAAAAGCUUUGCAAAAGAAGAUGGAUCUAGCCUUGGAAGAAUAUCCUCUGUAGUAUCAAAAUCGGCCAUAUAUAGUGGAAAUAAUGUUUCUACUAAGACUGUGGAGCCAAGCGAAGUCUUUUCUUCAACAACAAAUAUAGAAAGUUCUACCACACAGAAGCCGCUUUUGGAAUCAGAUCUGGAGGAAGAAACCACUACUUUUUACAGUUCAUCGACUUCCUCGGCAUAUCCACAAACGAUGAGUGUUGGAGAAAAGAGCAAGAGCCGGGAAAUCGAUAGGAUUGUAGAGAAGAUAAAGGAAAAGAAAAUCCCUAAUGAAAGCAUGUUGGUUUCGGAUGAUGAAGUUAUAGGCGAUAUUGUCCAGAAGCUGGGGCCAUUGGUGAGUGAUAUAGAGAUUGUAUCUCUUAGCACUGCCGCAAGAAGUCGAGAAGGAACGCCUCUACAAUCUGUAGUUUAA